CUAGGCAGCCAGGCACCACACACAAGGACCACUCCCGCACCCCCCUCCUGUCCUGCACCUCACGCGGCUGGUACUAGGCAAGAGCUCAGCGAGGAGUGAGAGGGCACGGUGCUCCGGCAUUCGCUGGUACAACAAUAAUCGAGCGCGAGACAGGAGAGGAGGAGGACAGAGCCCGGCACACAGGACAACCCCGGUAGAGAGAACUAGUGCCAAACUGACACACAACACGCUUCCGGUAGAUCUACACCGACGCUUUGGCCAUGAGCACGGACGCCGACGCCGUCCCGGCCGCCGUGGCGCCGGCGAAGCGCGCGCCCAUCAACAAGUACGCCUUCGCCUCCGCCCUGCUCGCCUCCAUGAACUCCGUCCUCCUCGGCUAUGACAUCUCGGUGAUGAGCGGCGCGCAGCUGUUCAUGAAGGAGGACCUCAAGAUCACGGACACGCAGAUAGAGAUCCUCGCCGGCGUCAUCAACAUCUACUCGCUCUUCGGCUCGCUCGCCGCCGGCUUCACCUCCGACUGGCUCGGCCGGCGCUACACCAUGGUGCUGGCGGCCGCAAUCUUCUUCACGGGCGCGCUUCUCAUGGGCCUGGCCCCGGACUACGCGCUCCUCAUGGUCGGCCGCUUCGUGGCCGGCAUCGGCGUCGGCUUCGCGCUCAUGAUCGCCCCCGUCUACACCGCCGAGGUCGCGCCCACCUCCGCCCGCGGCUUCCUCACAUCCUUCCCGGAGGUGUUCAACAACUUCGGCAUCCUCCUCGGCUACGUCUCCAACUUCGCCUUCGCGCGCCUUCCUGUCCACCUCAGCUGGCGCGCCAUGUUCCUCGUCGGCGCCGUGCCGCCGGUCUUCCUCGGCGUCGCCGUCCUCGCCAUGCCGGAGUCGCCCCGGUGGCUCGUCAUGCGGGGCCGUAUCGACGACGCUCGCCGCGUCCUGCAGAAGACCUCCGACUCGCCCGCCGAGGCCGAGGAGCGGCUGCUCGACAUCAAGAAGGUGGUCGGGAUCCCCGAGGGCGUGUCCGACGCCGACGACGUCGCCGCCAUCGUCCGCGCCAACAACAAGGGCUCCCGCGGCGACGGGGUGUGGAAGGAGCUCCUCAUCAACCCGUCACGCCCCGUGCGGCGCAUGCUCAUGGCCGGGCUCGGGCUCAUGUUCAUCCAGCAGGCCACCGGCGUGGACUGCGUGGUGUUGUACAGCCCGCGGGUGUUCGAGCGGGCGGGCAUCAAGUCCAAGACCAACUCGCUGGGCGCGUCCAUGGCGGUCGGCGCGUGCAAGACCUUCUUCAUCCCGAUCUCGACGCUGCUCCUCGACCGCAUCGGCCGGCGGCCGCUCCUCCUCGCCAGCGGCGGCGGGAUGGCCAUCUUCCUGUUCACGCUGGCCACGUCCCUGCACAUGAUGGACCGGCGGCCGGAGGGGGAGGCGGCGGCGCUGGGCGCGGUGAGCAUCGCGGCGAUGCUGUCAUUCGUGGCGUCGUUCGCGUCCGGGCUGGGCCCCGUCGCGUGGGUGUACUGCUCCGAGAUCUACCCGCUGCGGCUGCGCGCGCAGGCCGCCGCCAUCGGCACGGGGCUCAACCGGAUCAUGAGCGGGGCCACCACCAUGUCCUUCCUCUCCCUCUCCAACGCCAUCACCAUCGCGGGGAGCUUCUACCUCUACGCCUGCAUCAUGGCGGCGGGGUGGGUGUUCAUGUACUUCUUCCUGCCGGAGACGAUGGGCAAGAGCCUGGAGGACACUGCGAAGCUCUUCGGCAAGGACGCCGACGACGAUGACGGUGUUGUCGUGGCCGCCGGCCGCCACGAGAGCAAGAAGUCAUCCACUGAGCUCAGUGCUCAGCAGCACUGAGUAAAGUGCCAUCCAUGCACAACGUGUCCGUACACACAUGUCAUCCAGAGUGUGGACGAAGCUGUUCCGUAAAGCUUCGAUGAUACUGUACUACUGUAUAUUUUUUUUCUUUGGUGUGGUGAAUCUUUUAGAAUCCCUGCGCGCUUGUUUAAUUAGAUCUGUAGAUUUUUGUUGACCUCGUGCCGUCGUGCGCGCGCACGUAGGGUCAGUUGCAUCUGGCGGGCAGAGAAAAAUAUCACCUGAUAUUCCACGUGUAAAAACAGCUGCUUUGUGCGGAAUUUGACGACCAGCGUACCUACUCUGCUGAACAUACGCGUAAAAAUGUCUUGCUCCAUUUA